AUGGGGCCUGGAGGGAUGGACUCCAGUGACCCCUGGCCGGUGAUCCUCGGCCCCCCGCCGAUGGAGCCCCUCCCUUACCUGCCGUACCUGACACCGUGCUUGGGCUGGCCCGCCCUCCUCCACAAUAGGUCGGGCUCGCGGCUGACCUUCACGUCGCCGGCAUGCACCGUCGUCUCCCCCGUCGUCUGCCACGCGCUGCCCAUCUCCAGCCCGCCCGUCUCCGCCUUUCACGUCCCGCCGCCCGUCAAAGUGAGCCGUGAACUCACGGAAGAAGCAGAGAGCAGGGACGAGCCAGAGAGCGUGGAGACGACGCGGGACGGAUCGGAGGUCCCCAGCCGCCACUUCUUCUCCUGUCCCCACUGCAACUACCGGACCGAUCGGAAGAACAAUCUCCGUCGUCAUGUGGCCACCAUGCAUCAUUCCACGCCGGGUAAAUUCCCCUUGAAAAAAUCCGACAUCGAAGUGGGACGUGGGUCGACAACGCACGCAUUAACGCGUGUCGCCGUUGAUAAAAUGGCAACGCUGCGGGUUAACACAUGCUAG